AUGAAACGUUCGCACACAACAACCACCACCAAAUCAAAGAACAAGAAAAUCAAGCAACAAGAUGCUUUCUCCAAGAUGAAACCGACCUUUUCAUUUCCUCUUGAACUCUCCUUUCAUGAAUACGUUUCAGACGAUUUAUUAGCAGAAAUUUUCAAAUACAUUUCUCAUCUCAACAGUUAUUUCAACUUGAUGCUUGUGAAUAAGCAAUUCCAUCAAGUCCUAUUUUCUGUGGAGGCCAAUUGUUUUGAAUUCAUUUGUUUGAACUAUUCCAAAGCUCUUCAAAUGCCAAAUUAUGACCUUGUCAAAAGAUGCACUCUUAAUGACAAUGAUAGAUAUCAUCUUUUUGAUCAAUUUGAUUCGGUGAAUGAAACAGAGACUAAAACGGUUGAUGUGAAUGACAGUGAAACAGAACAUAGAACAAGGAAAGAUCAUUUGAAACCAUUUCCUUUCAACAAACUCAAAUACAUUGAAAUAUAUUCGGAUGAAGGACAUUUAUUGAGUCCACUUUUCAUCAAGUUGAAUAAGCAAGAACUUGAACACAUUCGUCUCAACAGUAGUCUUUGUAAAGAAGUGCUCCAGCUAAUUGUCAAUGAAUGUUCAAAUCUCAAAACUUUAGAAAUUGAGGACUUGUACGACUUGGAACAUGUUUCUUCCUCUAAUUCUUCAGUGACUACUUUUAAAUAUAAUGAUACAGGUGUUUUUUUGGAAUACACGUCAGAUGCCACGAAUAUUAAUGACAUGAUGAAUGAAUAUCUUGUGAGUUGGUUUCCGAAUUUGCGAUACAUUGAAAUUGAACCAUUGACAAUACAUUUGGAAAUCAUUCAAUUGUUUCGAAUGUUGUUAAAACCAUCCUUUCCAAUGCUAAAGAAGCUGAAACUUCAUGUCGUGGUGUUCCAUUGUGAAGACGAAAAAGAGUUAAUCAACUCCAGUGAGUACAAGAAGUUUAGUGAGCUGACAAAACUACCAGAAAUGGAAUUGACCUGUGAAUAUACGAAUAUGGCCAUUCUUUUAGGAUUGCUUUUUAAAAAGGACGUACGUUCGAAAAUUCAUGUCAUUUCUAGAAUGGAUGGGACUUUUUUUGCAAACAUGAAAUCUUUGAUCGAGAAUGUGUUUGGAAGCAAGGAAGAUCGACAAAAUGUGUUGGACUCUUUGGAAUUUUUUAGAAGCUCGCUGUUUGUUGAAUAUGACAGCGAUUAUGAUAGUCCUGAAGAGAGUGAUAACGACAAUGAGGAGAGCGACAGUGAUGAUAAUGAAGAUGAGAAUUCUCAAGAGAAUGAUGAAAAAUCUGAAGAAAAUGAGGAAGAUGAAUAG